AGAAUAUAGCCAUACCAUGGAUACUGAACAGCUUGUUUCAACUCGUCGUCGAACUAGCAUGGAUGACUCCAACGACACCACUCAUAACGAGGACACUUUGGGAACUCUUUUGAAUGAUAUCGACAAGGAAACAGGUGCUAAUGAAAGAACUCAUGAACCAGCUAAACCUGUUCGUUCACUUCUUUCAUAUCGCACAAAGCUUCUAUUAGGACUUUUAAGUUUACUGGUCAUCAUGUAUGUCGUCUUUUUUUUAUUCGACAUGCCACUGCAAAACUCGGUGAGCAUCUAUGAUGAUAGUGAGGGGUCUCGGAAUGCAUUGAAUAUGGCCACUUGUCUGUGGCAGCCUCAAACCCUGUCUAGAUUGGAGCCAAAAGCAUAUAUUCCCAUUCCACACAUCAUUCACCAGUCUUGGAAGACAAAAACAUUGCCUCUGAAAUUCCAAACCUGGCAAGAAUCAUGGAUUGAGAAUCACAAGGACUGGAAGUAUAUCUUAUGGACAGACGAGGAUAAUAUGAAACUAUGUGAGGAUCAUUUCCCUUGGAUGCUGGAACGCUUUAAAUCUUUUCCAAAAACCAUCAACCGUGCUGAUACAGCUAGAUACAUGUACAUGUAUUUGCACGGAGGGUUUUACGCAGAUUUGGAUAUGGAAUGUCUUAAACCGCACGAUCUUAUUGCUCGAAAAGGAGGAGUUGUUGUUCCACUCAUGUCUCGAGACUAUGCAUUUCAUGAUAAUAUUCCCAAUGCAUGGAUGGGAUCUGCACCUGGACAUCCAUUUUGGUUGCAUCUUUUGAGAAUGAUUAGAGAUCGUCCAAUUGAUGGACGAAUUGAGUCCAUGUCAGGUCCAACCAUCAUGUAUCAGGCUCUGAAAGAGUUUGAGCAAAAGUAUUACAAUGAAUCUAUGCCGCCCAUCACAUACAUGGCAAAAGAAUUGAUUUUACCGUAUGACUGGCAUGAUACCAAAGACUUGAUAUCUAUUUGCUCUGCUCAAAGGGACACAAUUGAUCCAGACUUAUGCAAAGAAAAGGUUGAUCCAGAACACAAGGCGUUUGCCAUUACAUAUUGGUCACAUUCAUGGGGUGAUGGAGAUGGUAAAAUAUCUACACCUUUCCGUCGAGAUAUAGGAGGGAAGCGUUAGAUGACAUCAAGAUAUCGAAAAGAUUAAAUAAAGACCAGUUGAAAAUACUA